CGGUACAAGACACAAAGCCAGUGAAUUGGUCUCUUUUCCUUCAAUGGCUUUGAUGGUUUUGAGAAGAAAGUGUCUCCGUUUGCCAGAUUUUAUCUCCGUUUUUCGACCUGCACCGCGUUGCUUCUCCUCGAGAUUUUCCAACAGUGAAAGUGGUAAAGUUACAGUGACUGGUUUGAGUGGUUGUGGUAUAGAAACUGUGGAUGAUGAUGUUUGGCAUGUUUCAUCAUCUUUAUCCCAAGCUUGGAGACAGUUCCAAGCAGACACUGCAAAAAACUCUCCCGUUACAAUACAAGGAGUAAGAGAAACAAUACUCGAUGAUGAAGAUCCCGAUCACGAUGAAAUCGAUAACAUGAGAAUUCGCGGUGAUCUUUUCUUCAAGCUCGAUCGAGGUUCAAAAGAAUUCGAGGAAUACAACUAUGACUUCCACCGCAAGAAUCAACACAAGAACGCUAAAAAGGAGCAAAACCAAGAAGAAGAAACAAAGAUAAAGAAGGAUAACAAGAAGGAAGUUCGUGACGAAUACAAGAAGAGAAAUGACUCUUUCACAGGUGAGACGGAUCAUCCUAAUGAAGCUGUGAAGAAGAGAGAAAGAACAUUUACGUUUAACCAACUCACGGCGCCAUUUCACUACCCGUUUUGCUUAGACAUAUACAUCUCGAAAGAGUCUGUACGAGCAUGUGUGAUUCACAGGGUGACUAGUAAGGUUGUAACUGUGGCUCAUUCGAUUUCAAAAGACAUGAAAUUCGAUCUUGGUUCGAGAAGAAACGUUGCAGCUUGCGCUGCGGUUGGGGCAGUUCUUGCUCAAAGAAGUUUGGAAGAUGACAUACAUGAUGUUAUAUACACUCCUAGGAAAGGAGAUAAAAUUGAAGGUAAGCUUCAGGUCGUGCUUCAAGCUCUUAUUGACAAUGGUGUUAAUGUUAAAGUGAAGCUUAAGCAGAGGAAACUUAAGAAGAAGACUAGUCAUCUAAUGAUGGCCUAGAGGACUGAAAUUUUCUAGUUUGUAAUAUGGGCCCAGAAGAUAUGUUUCUGUGUGGGGCCCAAAAAAUGUUAUCCGUUUCAUUUCUACGUUUCUUGUCGGGUCAAAGUGUUGACUUUCUAACAAUGAUAUCAUCGUUUU